ACGCCUCACGCCGCAAACACUUCUCUUAAAUGCACAGCGAGUUUGCACACAGACGCGCGCCUGGCCGCACACUUCUCCCGGGGGAUUCAUUCACGCUAGCACUUCGCAGUCGCAGAGAGAGGCUGCGGGGAGGAGCAGAGAGCUCAGCUGCUCCGGGUCACGGUGCGCUCGACGGCGGCGGAAUGCGAGCCGUUUUGGGGUGAAUCGAGCUGUUCGUUGGAGCGAUUCCCGGUCCGUGGCUGCGUGAUUCCGCCCCAGAGGCGAGCGGCGAGGGGGCGGUUGGUUGCUUCGCGCGGCCGCGAAAGGUCGGAAUUCUCUUUCGCCCCGGCGCGGCGCGGGGAGCGUCUGCGGUGGUCCUCGGAGUCAGAGUUUUGGUUUGCCAUGGGGAGGAGCAUAACGCGAGUGGGGUGUCUCCGGUUGUGAGGCUGGCUCGUGGGAUGUUUUUUUUUUCCUCCGAGGACUGAAGCACUGAUGGAGACCCUUGAGUUAUAGUAGUUCUGGUUCUUCUCGUUCUUCUAGCCAUCCUAACAAUGCAACAUCUUAGGCUUAUAGCUUUUCUUUCCGCUUCUCUUUUGUUUCCACUUCUUCCCUGUACCAAAGGUGCUGACCUGAACUCCGACAAGCAAGCCCUCCUUGCAUUUGCUGCAUCUCUGCCACAUGGAAAAAAGAUCAACUGGACCCGCACAACCCAGGUCUGCACAUCUUGGGUUGGGGUUACAUGCACACCAGACGGGAAGCGUGUGCGUGAGCUGCGACUACCUGCAAUUGGACUCUUUGGUCCUAUCCCCUCAAACAUACUUGGCAAGCUUGAUGCUUUGCAGGUGUUGAGCCUGCGAUCCAAUCGUCUUACUGUUGGCCUCCCCCCUGAUGUAGCAUCCAUUCCUUCCCUGCACUCUCUUUACCUUCAGCGCAACAACUUGUCAGGAAUAAUACCUACUUCACUAUCUUCAAAUCUAGCGUUCCUCGACCUGUCGUACAACUCAUUUAAUGGAGAAAUCCCAUUGAAAGUGCAAAAUAUGACUCAACUUACUGGAUUGCUUCUCCAAAACAACUCUCUUUCUGGAUCCAUCCCUGAUCUUCAGCUCACCAAAUUGAGAUAUUUGGAUUUGAGCAACAAUAACUUUAGUGGGCCCAUACCGCCUUUCCUGCAGAAGUUCCCAGUCAAUUCUUUCUUGGGGAAUUCUUUUCUAUGCGGGUUUCCAUUGGAACCAUGUCCUGGAACCACACCUCCUUCUCCAGUAUCACCAUCUGACAAGAAUAACAAGAACGGCUUUUGGAAUCACACUACUAUCAUGAUCAUAAUAAUUGCUGGUGGAGGGGUAUUAUUGUUGAUUUUGAUUAUCAUACUCUUGAUAUGCAUCUUCAAAAGAAAGAGAGACACUGAGGCUGGCACGGCUUCAUCUUCAUCCAAAGGAAAGGGUGUUGCAGGUGGAAGAGCAGAAAAAUCCAAGCAAGAAUUUAGUAGUGGUGUUCAAGAAGCAGAGAGGAACAAAUUAGUUUUCUAUGAUGGCUGUUCAUAUAAUUUUGACUUAGAAGAUCUGUUGAGGGCUUCAGCUGAGGUCCUAGGAAAAGGAAGUUACGGGACUACCUACAAAGCUGUUCUUGAGGAUGGUACGACAGUGGUGGUCAAGAGACUGAAGGAAGUGGUGGCAGGAAAGAAAGACUUCGAACAGCAAAUGGAGAUAAUUGACAGGCUUGGCCAGGACCAGAGUGUUGUUCCAUUGCGUGCUUUCUAUUACUCCAAGGACGAGAAGCUCUUGGUUUAUGACUAUGUUCUAGCCGGCAGCCUUUCGGCUGCUUUGCAUGGGAAUAAAUCUGCUGGAAGAACACCACUGGACUGGGGGGCGAGAGUAAAGAUAUCGCUCGGUGCUGCGCGUGGGAUUGCUCAUCUUCAUGCUGAAGGAGGCAAGUUUAUCCAUGGCAACAUCAAGUCGAACAACAUCCUACUAUCGCAGGAACUCAGCGCUUGCGUCUCCGAGUUUGGCCUCGCGCAGCUCAUGGCCACCCCUCACAUUCCCCCACGGCUCGUCGGGUACCGUGCACCGGAGGUCCUCGAGACCAAAAAACCAACACAGAAAUCUGACGUCUACAGCUUCGGUGUUCUGCUUCUUGAGAUGCUAACAGGGAAAGCCCCUCUCAGAUCCCCCGGGCGCGACGACUCCAUCGAGCACCUCCCUAGGUGGGUACAGUCUGUGGUCCGGGAAGAAUGGACCUCGGAAGUCUUCGAUGUCGACCUGCUAAGGCAUCCGAACACCGAGGAUGAGAUGGUUCAGAUGCUCCAGGUUGCAAUGGCAUGCGUCGCUGUCGCUCCUGACCAGCGGCCUCGGAUGGAGGAGGUCGUCCGGAGGAUUGAGGAGAUCGGGAGCUCCUACUCCGGGACAGCAAGGACAUCUCCCGAAGAUAAGCCGAAGGAGGAAGCCAUCCAAAUGACUUGAGGCAAAAUAGGUCUGACAGAUGUGUCUCUCUACCUGCAAGUUGAGUUGAUAUAGUUCUGUGUUUACUGAAUCUCUGGUGAUUUCUGAUCAUUCUUUUAGUAAAUUUGUUUCACAUUCUUGGUUUCAUCUUGCUAGUCCUCUCGAUUGCCUCUCAUCUUAGCUCUGCUGAUCAUCAUAGGGUGUGUGUUUACUGUUGUUGUGCCAUGAUGUAAUUGUACCCGACUCUUUGAAGGUAUCAUUGAUUCACUGAAUGAGCAUUCUGGUUUAUCA